AUGCGGCGUCAAGCAUGCCGCGAGAUUCCCGCACAGACCCUCAUCGAGGUGAGCCCCGUCCUCCUGUUCAGUGCAAGAGAGUACGAGGAGCACGGGAGACACACCGUGCUGGACCAUUACACGUUCAAAUGGCGGGACGGCAGAAUGGCGCUGGCGCUCGGGUUAGGUGCGGAGUACUUUUUCAGGCAGCGCUCCUGA